UCCAUCCUCUCAUCCCUCGGUUGGCACUUGGACCUGGACACCUUCACCUCCCCCACCCCGCGUGGGGCCGUGACCUUCACCAACCUGGUGGCCACCUCGUCCCCUCCUGCCCCACAUCGUCUGGUCUUGGCUUGUCAUUACGACACCAAAAUCCUCCCGGCCCCACAAGUGACUCCGUUCAUCGGGGCCGUCGACUCCGCCGUCCCAUGCGCCAUCAUGAUGGAGGUGGCCGCUGCCCUGGAUGGAGCGUUAAGGAGAUAUAAUGAGGGGGACCCACAAGUGACCCUUCAGCUCCUGUUCCUGGAUGGAGAAGAAGCCUUUGAGGAAUGGAGCCCCACUGAUUCCAUCUAUGGGGCCCGGCACCUGGCUGCAAAGAUGGCGGCCACCCCACACGGAACCCAUGGGACUCAACUCAGUGCUAUGCCAGUGCUGCACCUCAUCCCCCUCCCCUUCCCGUGGGUCUGGCACACGGUGGAUGACACCCAGGACAACCUUCACCCCCCAACCAUAGAAGACCUGUGUAAGAUCCUCAUUGCCUUCGUGGCUGAAUAUCUGCAGCUCUGAGACCCCCCCCCCCAUAUUAUAAUGUACCCCCCUAUAUCCCCCCCCCCACCCAGCCAUGGGGGUGGGUCGACCCUAUAGGGAGCCAGCAAUAAAGUCUAUGGGGUCUGGUCUUGUGAUAUGGUCUGUGGUGUUGAUUGGGGGCAUCUAUGGGGCCAAUGAUGUUGACUGGGGGCAUCUAUGGGGCCUAUGAUGUUGAUUGGGGUCGUCUAUGGGGCCUAUGAUGUCUAUGGGGCCAAUGAUGUUGAUUGGGGUCGUCUAUGGGGCCUAUUAUGUCGAUUGGGGUCGUGUAUGGGGCCUAUGACGUCUAUGGGGCCUAUGAUGUUGAUUGGGGUCAUCUAUGGGGCCUAUGAUGUUCAUUGGGGCCUCUAUGGGGCCUAUGACAUCUAUGGGGCCAAUGAUGUUGAUUGGGGUCGUGUAUGGGACCUAUUGAUUGGGGACAUCUAUGGGGCCUAUGACAUCUAUGGGGCCAAUGAUGUUGUUUGGGGUCGUCUAUGGGGCCUAUGACGUCUAUGGGGCCUAUGAUGUUGAUUGGGGUCGUGUAUGGGACCUAUUGAUUUGGGACAUCUAUGGGGCCUAUGAUGUCUAUGGGGCCUAUGAUGUUGACUGGGGUCGUCUAUGGGGCCUAGAACCCAUGAGAACCAAUGGGUCCAAUCUAUGGGUCCAAUCUAUGGGUCCAAUCUAUGGAUCAUCCCAAGUUGGACGGAACCCAUCGGAACCAUCAACACCAGAACUCCAUUAUUUCUCCCCCACCAAAUAACUCAAUACGCUCAACUACUAGAAAACCACAUCCAAUUUGCUUUCUUUUUUAAUUAUUAAUUAUUACUAUUAUUAUUAAUUAUUUGCAAAGAC